AGAGAUUCAGUAACUCGGAACAAGUUCCAAGUAGCACGGGCUAUGGUGAGCCCGUAAUACGUGGAUAGAUCCGAGUUGAAUAAGACACAAUGGGCGAUGGUGUCGUGGCGAGGAAUAUCCAGUGUGAAAUAGGAAGUGGAAAUGGAGAGGGGGAAGUAAACAAAUGGGAAGAAGAGGAUUAGUAAACAAGUCAAGUGUAUGAGGUAAGCAGAGAAGAUGAGCGUGGACUGCUAGCGUCAAGUUAGAGCCUGGAGAGAUAGGAGUGAGAUGAGAUAAUUACGUUGGCAGGCAAGGUGAGUGGAGGACGGGCGAGGGUUGAAAGACUCCUUCACCAGGACAGAAGUGGGUAGUGCUGGAGAGACUGCCAGCGACGACGGUUGUGCCAGCGGUCAUCACCUACCUGCGUGUCUCCGCGGCCCCGCCACCACCAUACCCUCAUCACCACCACACAACCCCAAUACGUGGGUGAAGCAUUUAGAGAGGAACGUAUUCGAUUACACGAGGAAAGUGAAGGACUGUCCAAGAAAGUUCAAAAAGAUGGCGUGCAGUAAGGAUUUAUUGACAGAAGUCCUCCCCAGGCAGCAGGAAGUCCUCCUGGAGCAGCAGAAUGUCCCACCCGGAAACAAGAAUGUCUUCUCCGGGAACAAAGCUCUCCUAUCCGGGAAGGUUGGUGUCCUUGGGCCCCAAAGACCCCACGUUUCAGAAGCCGGUUUGAGGGAGGCGCUGAUGCUUGACCAAGGACAGGAUGCUCGCCUCCUCUCCUGGACCCGUCACGACUUCACCAACAAGGGAGACAACUACGUCGCCGACAUCACCAGCGUCAACGUCAAGUUCUGCCAGAACGGCCGCGAGCGCCAGGUGUCGUAUGUAGUCAAGAUGAAGCAUAACAAACGUAAAGGUUGUACGAAUGAUUUUGAUGAUAUGGUGUUUUAUAAAGAGGGUAAAUUUUAUACCGAACUGCUGCCACUAAUCAAUCACGAACUUAAGAGUGCCGGGAUGACUCCUCUCAGAGUUCCCCGCUGUCUUCACGCUGGUUGGAAUGAGAGUCAAAAUCAGUUGUUUCUAGAAGACCUUCGGCCUCUUGGAUUUAAGCUACAUGACCGCAAGAAGCACUUAAGUGUAUCCCAUGCAGCUCUUGUCCUAAGGGAGCUGGCUAGACUCCACGCGGCCUCAGUAUUGUUCCUAUCAAAAAUUCCUAAAGAAGACCUGAAAAGCAAAUUCAAGUUUCUUAAGUGGGAGAUGUUUAAUUAUUCCGAACAAACCAAAAAUGCCUACGAUGUGUUGAUCCGUGGUAGCCUGCAGACGGCCUCCGAACUGGCGAGGGCAGCAGGCAGCUACGACAUGCAGCAGUGGUUCGGGACCUUGUCGGUGCAGGGAACGGAGGUGCUGAUGAGACAGAUACGGGAGAGUUCUGCCUUUGAUGUCAUCGGCCACGGCGAUUGCUGGGUCAACAACUUUCUCUUCAGAUACGACGCCGCCGGCCAGCCGGUAGAGGUGAUGCUGCUAGACUUCCAGCUGUGCCGCAAGACGUCACUGGCUUACGACCUUAACUACUUCCUAUUCAGCAGCCUCGCCCCCGCCGAGAAGAACGCCAGGCUGGAAGAACUAAUCGUCACCUACUACACCACCUUCAGGGAGGUGACGCGAGCGGCGGGGGUGGUCAUGCCCUAUACCGUGGAUGAUAUCACCAAUGAAUUCUAUAACAGGAACAUGGUGGGUCUGAUCUUCGGCGCCUUAGCCAUCCCCGCCCUCGUGUGUGACGCCCAGGACGCCCAGGAGUUCGACGUGGCCUCGGGCGAACACACGCACAACUAUGUCAUCAACAAGCGCCAAAAUGCGUUGAUGAUGUUGAAAAAGAACCCCUUGAUGUCAUCCAGACUCGCAAGCCUAUACGAAGACAUCAGAAUUUAUGCUGGAAUUGCCUGAAAUAUACUCGGUACAUAAUCUUAGAUUACGAACUUAUUUAAAGUACAUAUCCGUUACAAACAGGAAUGCUAUAUUUUAAGUAGCUAAAAUUAAUUCGAACUCGCAAAUCAUGUUGGUAGACUCAUGAUGAAGGGUAGACUGGGAGACGGAUUGACGUGAUCUCUCUCAUUCAGUUUCCCAUCAGGAAAGCUCAGGUCAAAAGUAGGCAGCAAUCUCAAUAUUUUUUUAUUACAUUGGGCAACUAUUGAUGAGGGUGACAGUAGUAGGAUAAACCCACCCUUCACUAUCUAUAAGAGAAUGUCUGGUAUGUGUGUACAUGGUUGGACAUAGGCUGGUCGGGGUCGACCACAUGUCCCAUCUCCCUUUACAUGAAAUGGCAAAUUACACAUUUCCAAUCUCGCUAAAUAAAUGUAAUCCUCACUAAAAUCCAUCUGCAUAUUAUAUUUUAGUUUUUCGUGUGCACGAGAAAGAAACAUUUACUAUGCUAGACAUUUACUAUGCUAGACAUUAACUAUGCUAGAAACAUUAACUAUGCUAUGCUAUGCUUAGUGAGGAUGGUUGUUAGUGGCAAUGACUAUACGAAUGAAGAGAAAGUGGUGAACAGUAAAGGUGAUGAAAUGUAAGGAAGGUGGUAAGUGAUAGGGAUGGUGGCGAAGGGAGUAUAGGGAAGAGAGAGGGGGACGGAAAAAGAAACGAAAGAGGGAGGAGUGGGGAAGGGGUGGGGAGAGACCCGAGCCCAGCCGGGUACCCCCUUCUAGUAUAUAUAUAAACUAGAUGGGCACCGGUCGGUCCCCGGGUCUCUGUCUCUCUCUCUCUCCUUUCCUUGCUAUAUAGUUGUAAUGGCUUAGUGUUUCCUUCAUAUAAAUACCUCUCCUUCCCUUUCUUCAGUUGGCUUAGUGCUUUCUUCAUAUAAAUACCUCUCCUUCCCUUUCUUCAGUUCUCUCUGCCUUUCUUCCUCCCAUUCCCUCUGUUUUCUACAGCUCCCUCCCAUUCCCUCUGAUUCUAUCUGUUCCUCCCAUUCUCUCUGCUUCUAUCCCAUUCUCACUUCCGUUCUCUGUUUUCCUCUCUUCCUCCUUCCCAUUCUUUCUGCUUCUCUCCCUCCCUCUCCCAGUGGACAAAAUUUCCUUCGUAACAUUCAAUGUUAUCAAUGAUUCAACGUCGAUAACAGCCGUAAAAUCUAUUUUAACACUUUGGAUAAUCAAUCCCACAUUUCAUACUUGAUAUGGAUGGCUGGGAUUUGGAUAUAGGAGCCGAUCUUUCUUACAGAAGGGCACGGGGAUUGACCCCUGCCACCCUGUGACUCUCUCCAUACCGUCUCACAGCACACAGGCCUAAUUUCCGUGUGGCUAGCCCUUAGCGUUUGGUACCGACCUCGGACAAACAGAUAAUCUCUUAUAUGUAUUGAUGUUUAUAUAUUUAUAUGUGUAUAUGUGUGUGUGUAUGAAGUGUAGAAACCAAACAGCACCAUUAUUUUAAUACAAAUAUAGAAACUUUA